AUGGCUGACAUAUCACUACUCGGUCUUUCGGAGCAGAAAACCAAAGAAACCCUUAAAAAUGCAGCUUUAGUGAAAGUUUUGAGUAUUAUUAUUGAAAAUGCCCAAAAUGAGCUGAAAAUCAAAGGUGUGGAAGUCUCAAAGAGUCAGGCAAACCUUCUUUAUCAACUUGGCACUAAAAUUAAGCCUCAAAUUCAUCAACACGUUCCAGUUCUGACCAAAUACAUUGUUAAUGACGGUAUCAAGUCUGAACCACAGAUAAAUGCGGCUGUUGAAUAUCUCCUAGCUAAUAUUGUCAAUGAACUAGAUAUUAAGUCUCUAGAAACUGCUUGUGGUGUUGGGGUUGUUGUCACUCCUGAUCAAAUUGAAGACGCUGUUACAAAUGUUUUUAAGAAGCAUAAUGAUCAAUUAAUAAAAGAUCGUUAUUCUUUCAAUGUCGGUAAACUGCUCGGAGAAAUCCGUGUACUUCUACCAUGGGCUGAUGGUGCUUAUGUUAAAAAAGAAGUUGACUUGAGGCUGAUGGAACUUUUAGGAGCUAAAACCGAAGAGGAUUUAAUGCCUAAGAAAAAGGAGAAGAAGAAAGAGGAAAAAGUUGAAAAACCCAAAAAAAAAGACGUUUCCACAAAUGAAGCUUCUGGCAACGAUGAAAUCCAGGGUGCUGCAACCAUUGAAGAGCUUAUGAGAACCAGAGCCAAUUUCCAUAAAGUCGGAGAAAACUUCACUACCGAUGGAUAUGUGACCACACCAUUAACUAAAGAGUUGAUCAGAAAGCACUUAGAAGCAACUGGAGGAAAAGUAAUCACUCGUUUCCCCCCUGAACCGAAUGGAGUUCUUCACAUCGGACAUGCAAAGGCUAUCAAUAUUAACUUUGGAUAUGCCAAGGCUCACAAUGGCUCAUGUAAUCUAAGGUUUGAUGAUACCAAUCCUGAGAAAGAAGAAGAAAAGUUUUUCACUGCCAUAGAAGAUGUUGUGAAGUGGCUAGGAUACACUCCAGCCCGUAUCACUCACUCAUCCGAUAACUUUAAUCAACUUUAUCAGUGGGCUAUCACUCUCAUCAAGAAAGGUUUAGCAUAUGUUUGUCACCAAAAAGUUGAAGAAAUGCGAGGAUUUGAUGUACAGCUCUCCCCAUGGAGGGAAAGACCAGUAGAAGAGUCUCUCCAGUUGUUUGAGGAUAUGAAAAAUGGAAAGUUCGAUGAAGGUGAAGCUACUCUUCGCUUGAAAUUGACUUUGGAAGAAGGAAAGGUUGAUCCAGUUGCUUACCGCAUCAAAUACGUUCCUCAUCACAGAACGAAAGAUCAAUGGUGUAUCUAUCCUACAUAUGACUACACUCACUGCCUCUGUGAUUCGAUCGAGAAUAUAACACAUUCUCUUUGUACUAAGGAGUUCCAAUCACGAAGAAGUAGUUAUUAUUGGCUGUGCAAUGCUGUUGAUAUUUAUUGUCCUGUACAGUGGGAGUAUGGAAGACUCAAUGUUAACUACACUGUAGUAUCUAAACGCAAAAUUUUAAAGCUCAUCACUACAAAGAUAGUCAAUGAUUGGGAUGAUCCAAGACUUUUCACUCUUACUGCCCUCCGAAGACGUGGUAUUCCUGCCGAAGCAAUCAACAUAUUCGUAGCUAAGUUGGGUCUCACCAUGAGUCAAAUGGCUAUCGAUCCUCUUCUUCUCGAUGCUACAGUUCGUGAUUAUCUUAACAACACGGCUCCAAGAACCAUGGUCGUGCUUGAUGGCUUGAAAGUUACUAUUGAGAACUACUCGGAGUUGAAUCUCCCCACCAAAGUUACUGUACCAGAUUUCCCAUCUAACCCAGGAACUUCUGCUUCUCAUGAAAUAGCUUUCGACUCAGUCAUUUUUAUUGAGAAAUCCGACUAUAGAAAGGACAAUACCGAAAAGGGAUUCCGUCGUCUCACCAAAAAUCAACCAGUAGGGUUGAAACAUAUUGGAAUAACCCUUACUGUCACCAGGGAAGAAGUGGAUGCUAGCGGAAAUGUUGUUGAGGUGUUCGUCCGGGCAGCUACGCUAACAGAACAGAAUAAGCCGAAAGCCUUCAUUCAUUGGGUCGCUAAGCCGAGAACAGCUGAAGUCAGACUAUAUGAGCAAUUGUUCAUACAUAAAAAUCCUGAAGAUGCUACUGUAGUUCCAGGAGGGUUCUUAUCUGAUAUCAACGAGAACUCUUUAACCAUCAACUACAAUGCACUGAUUGAUAAUUCUAUCGCAAACUCCAAGGUCUAUGAUAGAUUCCAGUUCGAAAGAAUCGGAUAUUUCAGCGUUGAUCCUGAUGCAACUUCUGGAAAGCUUGUGUUCAACCGUACCGUCAACUUGAAAGAAGAUUCCGGGAAGAACUGA